UCAGGAAUUGGACACCGCCAGUCCCGUCCUCCGAGCCUGCUGUGCUAACGGCUCACUUUUACAUCAGAGAGAAAAUAACGGAAAAGGCUGAAAAUAAAGGGGAAAAGGGCGACCGCUGUUUUUAAAAGUAACGGUCUUUACCCGGGGAGAGUGAAGUAGCGUUAAUGUUAGCUAGGUAAAGCCUCCCAGAGAAAGAGUAAAAGAGCAGCUAGGCUAACUUUCCAAACUCUUAUUUUCUCGCUAACGGACAAACAACCCGGCGUUAGCCAAGCUAGCGCUACCGAAACUGGAAAAAGUGACAUUCUUUGGCUUUUAUACCGGAACGGAGAUGAGUACGGGCGGUAGAGUCACUGAGACUCGACCGUGAAACCACUGAGCGAGCGGAGGAGCGAGAGAGCCGCGCUCCGGACCCGGACACCUGGGAACACUCAAACGGGCUUCAGCAGACUUUAACCGGCCAUUUUCAGACGACUGUGUUUAAGAGAGUUUUUCUCCCAGAGUGGACCACCUACAGCAGAGUCGGGACUAAAUAUGUUGGAGUGGUUGAGUGACAUCUUCUGGCAGGAGCAUCUCUGGUUUCCGGAGGGUUUAGGGUGGGCUGACCUGGAGGACCGGGAUGGGCGGGUUUAUGCCAAAGCACGGGAUAUGUGGGUUGUGCUGCCGAUCACCCUGCUGUUCCUUGUGGUUCGUCAGAUCUUCGAAAGGACUGUUGCUACAUAUGUGGCCUCAUUGCUGGGAAUAAAGGAAACUGUACGAAGAAGAGCAGCGCACAACCCAACACUGGAGUCCUACUACAGCCACACAAGCAAAUACCCAACACAGAGUUCAGUAGAGAAGCUUUGUAAGCAGACUGGCUGUUCAGACAGGCAACUACAGCGCUGGUUCAGACGGCGGAGAAAUCAAGACAGACCCAACCUUAUGAAGAAGUUCCGUGAGGCCAGUUGGAGGUUUAUGUUUUACCUUCUGGCCUUCAUUUGUGGCCUAAUUGCUCUCAUUGAUAAGCCCUGGCUGUAUGACUUGGAGGAAAUGUGGACAGGAUUCCCCACUCUGACACUCCUGCCCUCUCAGUACUGGUACUACAUGCUGGAGUUGAGCUUCUACUCCUCUCUUCUUUUCAGUGUGGCAACAGAUGUGAAACGCAAAGACUUCAAGGAGCAGAUCAUUCACCAUGUUGCCACCAUCACAUUGAUCAGUUUCUCCUGGUGUAUGAACUACAUCCGAGCUGGAACACUGAUCAUGUUUCUGCACGAUUCCUCUGACUAUCUGCUGGAGUCAGCUAAAAUGUUUAACUAUGCUGGCUGGAGGAAGACUUGUAACUACAUCUUCAUUGUGUUUGCUGCAUUCUUCAUCAUCACACGACUUGUCAUCUUCCCCUUCCGGAUCAUGUACUGCACAUGGGUGUACCCAAUCACAAUCUAUCCUCCUUUCUUUGGAUAUUACUUCUUUAACAGCUUGAUGCUGGUGCUGCAGUGUCUGCACAUCUUCUGGGCCGUGCUCAUCAUCCGCAUGGCACUACGCUUCCUUCCCAGAAACGAGAUUGUGGAAGAUGAGAGGAGUGACAGAGAGGAGACUGAUGACUCAGAUGAAGAAGAAGAGGAAGAGCAGGAGAGAAAUGGGGAGAUAAAGAAGAACAGUCCGAUUCAGAAUGGUUACGUCAGACACAACAACAACCACCACAAAACGGAGUGAUGUUUGGAGGAGAGAGAGGAGAGAGGUGGAAGAAAGCUUGAAAGAAGAGAAUCAAAAACUGAUGUACAUCCUCACACAAGAGAGGGAGAGGAGUUGGAGAGAGAGAGACAGGAACUUCUUACAAAUGUUGAUGAACCAUUUGUUCUCCCUUAUUUGUACACUACAGAGUGAACAUUCAGGCAUCUCCUCACCACACACACAAACAUACGCACUACACUACCAAUACACACACAACUUGCAGUAACACUCCAACACAUGCAUACACAAACGUACACACGGAUUACAGACAAUAUUGCUGCAGUGCCAAAUUCACAGUGCAAAGUCACCUCUGAGAAAGAACUAGAGAAGAGAAACAGCAAUGAAGACUUUUCAGUUUCCUUCAAAGCAAGUGCCUUAUUGCUCCUCUUUAUCUUAAUUCUCUCAUCCCGUUUUAAGUGCUAAACCUAAGUUCCCCUGAGUCAGCAUCCUGUUUCUGCUUUUAGUAUUUUAAAUAAGGUUCUCACUUUGAGAAGGUCAGCUCUUUUUAAAUCAGGAUCUUACGGCUAAUUACUGGUCAUUGACCCUGUUCAAUGUAUGUAAAUAAGUCUACAGCAAAAAAAAAAAGCAUGAUCAAAGUCAGCACCUGGAUUGAUAAUUCCCAGAUUAAAAUGUUUUGGGACAAACA